ACAGUUUAUCCUCAGAAUGGUGGAGUUCAGGCUCAGAAUGGAGGGGUUUUGACCUGCAGGUUUCCUGUCAUCCUCAAACCAGAUCCUGCCAACGCAGCGUCAGUCCAUAUUCAGUUUUUCAAUUCCCAGGGAUCUUUUAGCAGCCCGUCAUCUCAAUCCAACGAUGGCCCCCUGACAUCGCCACCCCCUACCGAUGGGUCUGAGUGCUCGACCAUCAAGCAAGGGAGGGCGUCCGUUAAAAGUGACACAUCGCAAUCCAUCUCAGAAUCGAACAUGUCUGUGUCCCAAGAGGGUGAUGCUGCCCCUGGGGCUCAGCGUCAGGUGUCUGUGGAUGGUCCACCAUCCAGGCUCUACUCCUUACAGUACCCCUGUGAUGAAUUCAGCUUCAAUUCCGGUUUGAAUUUGGAAUCACGCAAUCAUUACAUGGAGCCCCAGUCAUCUCAAGGUCACUACCAGAGGGCACAAAAUGGUCACCAUAUGAGAUUUCAAGGCCAGCAACAGAUGAAUCAAGAUUGUGCUCAAGGACAAUUCUUUGAGACACUGUCAGGUCAAGGUCAACACAUUAUAGGUCAGGGCUCAAAUAUGGAGUCUCAUAUAGGUCAAUAUAUUGGCACCCAAGAUCAACGGUUGGGGCCCACAGGACCCAAUGGACUUAUCAACAUGCAGCCGUUACAUCAACAUCAUCCCCGUAAUGGAGCUUCUAAUUACCGACCUCCAAGUACCUUAAUUCCACAAAACGUGCAAGCAUACCUCAAUGGACCCACACAAAAAUUGGGACCUGACAAUGGGUCUCUGGCCCACCAUCAGCAACAAAUUGGACAACCGGAUCUAAUGGGAAGGUUCCUUGUUAAUGAGCAGACCAUAAAUCAAAUAUCAUCCAAUCAAGUCAAUCCACCAGUUCAGCACGUGAAUAAUGGUCAGCCUUCAAAUAUGUAUCAGGCCAUGAGCAAUGAUCAGUCCUGUAGUGUGGCCAGAGCUGAUACUUCACGGCACUUGCAACAAGUGCACCCUUGUGUUGGACUACAUCAAAAUGGAUCCACUUGCUGCUCACAUCUCACUGAAAGCAGGUCUGUUAAACUGUUGGCGGGCUCGAGGCAUGCCCCACCUGGUGUGAUGAUUAACAACUUUUAUGCCCACGGUGGCAGCACCCAAAGUCCAGGAGCUCCCUACCCUGUGGCAUCUCAUCCGAACCAAGAACAGUUCUCCAACAGUGCCAUUUCGAACCACUCUCAACAGACUAACCUCUCAGGAUACCCAAAUAAUGUCACGUCGUCGGCAAGGUCUAACACAGCAUCCACCAUGAACCCCAAGCCAGCGAUCAACCUCCCCAAAGAGAAGAAAGUCUGCAUGGUGGGUAAGUGGAUACAAAACAGUAGAUUUACUGAGCUUGACUCUGGGACUUACGACCCCAGCGAUCACAGUCUCAAGUGUGGAUCCACUCACCCACCGGCGGGUGGGGCAGAAUCUGAACCACACAUCAUUUAUGGGCUGGACGGCAAGCCUUAUGAAUUACAAUAUCCUACCACUGAGAAGCCCAAGACUCCCAGGAAGAGCAGCAACAGCAAAAGCAGCAGGAGCAGUCGCACGAAGAUACCGAGCACCACCAAGACAUCAGUCAGUGAGAACUUAUCAACUUCCUCCUGUUCUUCAGCCAAGGGGGAGAAGUCGUGUGCAAAACCUGAACCAGGCAGUGGCUAUUCUGCAGGCAUGGAAUCAUCUCAGUACGCGUCUUUGAACAAUCAGAUACAGAUAAUUUCAAGCAAGCCUCUACCCAGGGACAAGAUUCGUGCAGCCGAUCCUGAAGAGGAUGAGAAGAAGAGAGCAGAUCUUGAGAUUGAGAAGUUCUUGCACGAGAAAAGACAGCAGAGUCUAGAAAACAAGAAAGCAGGUGUUCUACCCUCAGACAGUGGCCCAACUGUGUCCAGUCUGGAGCAGAUCUUGAACAAAUCCAAUGUUGAUAUGCUGUCAGUGACAUCAAGUGACAUCCACAUCUCGAUGCCGUAUACAAACAUGUCAUUGGAGGUAGGUUCCUGUGAAAAUCCUCAACCCGUGUCCAAAGAAAAGCCCACCAAAACCAGUGAGUUUGAUUACUCCACCUACAUCACACCCCAGGACAUUAAGAGCCUCGAGGAGCAAAAAGCCCAAAGUGGAAAAACGAGCUUGGACAACUACCUCAACGGUGGCAAUGGCCAGGAAAAAAAUAAUGGCCAGUCCAACAUGUUUGGUCAAGUUAAUGGUGGACCCCUUGUCCAGUUGCGCCGGGAUGAUUCUGAUACCCUCCCACCAGGUGUGAACACAACCCAAGCAGGGAAGGUCCUCAGCGACCCAGCAAUAGGCGCUCCGGUCAAUGCCGCUAAAAACCAAAUGAAAGCUGCUAAAAGGAGAUCUCAAGAAAAUGAGGAGCUUCGCUUGAGGCAAGAAAUGCACCAAGCUGUGCAGGCGGAGGAGCUAUUUCUGGUGCAUGAUUAUACCUUCCCAGGGGCACUUGAGGUGCAAGGGUCCACAGAUAAACCUGCUUUCUUUAACCCUACUUGCGUCAUAAGCAACAAGGACCACGCUCAAUCCCAUUUGCCUCAGUCCAGGCAGCGGGGUGACACGUUCCAGAACCCUGAGGCUGGCUGCAACACGCUCGCUGGCAUACCCAAACUCCCCAAAGACCACCAGCUUCGUGAUUGGGUCUUAAAGCACCAGCCGCAGUUCAAAGAACAGUCUAAUUCAUACCAAGAUCACACUGAACACAAGCAACAUGGCCAGCAGUUUUUUCCACACCCAAACCAGCUUCCUGUUCAGAACAAACAGCAGACACAGCCGGCUGGUCAGCCCAAAAUGCCAGCAAAUGGCAAACCUGGGCAACCUUUAAAUUAUCCACAAGCGCCUCAGCAAACACUGAACAGGGAUGACUUCAAAGUCCCUCACAGUGUUUCACCAAUGCCUCUGCAUUCUACCACAUUCCCCAGCAUAGGAGGAGGAAGUGACGUCUCAAUGCACUCAGAUGUUAGUAGUGGUAGUCUCACAAGACAGCCCGGUAAUGCAUUCGGCCAGCCAGCCGGCAAUGACGUUCUCCAUCAGCAGAUGUUUAAACAACGAGGCAUCACUCCACCGUAUCCCUUUCAGCAGCAGUCCGACAUGCAUGACUUCCAUAGCCAGCAGAGUCCAUACUUCUUUCAACAAAGGCCUGAAAGCUUUGCAAAAGAUGCAGACUUGAUUGUUUCUUCUGUCAAUCCAUGUGAUCGCAACAUGGCAUCAAGAUUACAAAAUGAAAUGCCCUCUCAGGGUUUGCAUUUUACCUUUCAUGACUUCCAUGGUGGGCAGGGGAUACAAAAUAAUGGACUGAAACCCACACAAGGUCAUCAGACCCAUCUGCCAGAAAUGUUGCAGUCAUCUUCCAAUGGAUUCUAUUUAGGUCAAGGUACAUUUCCCGUCUCACAAAUGGCAAAUCAGCCGCCAUCCCAGCCGGCUUCCAAAUCCCACUUCACCAAUAUCUCUUCACCACAGCCUCUAAGUUGCGGUAAUUCCCAUGCUGCCAGCUCCACGAUGGGCCCAGUGCAAUCUUCACCUGCUAACAGAGGUCUGUCAGCUGCUCAAGGCCAUCAAGGGAAGAAUGGUAAAUUCUCAGCCGAUUCAACAAUUGGUGUCACCAUGGGAACACACUUGUAUUCUAACAUUAUGACACCAUCCUGCCAAGGAAUUCUCGGAACAAAUUCUCAAAAUGGGUACCAAACAAUGGAGCCUCAGAGACCAUCAGAAAGUGCAAUGACGUACUCUCAAACUCUCCCAAGCAUAUUACCCAAUGAGAUAAGUUAUGUUCAGGGCUUCCCACUGUCUGUUCCAAGCACUACCAUGAAUCCCAGCAUGACAAACAUCCCCCAGAACAGCUAUCAAGACAGGCUGGACAGUAGUGAGGACAUGCUCCAAGACUUACUGAACGAAGGCUUCCCCUCUCUUGAUGAGCCUCCGUGCAACUACGACGACAUGUUUCUGAAUUCUCGUGGCCCAGCAGGCGACAUGACAGUGAGCCCGCCACCCGUAGUCUCCCCUAAACCUGGUGAGCCUGAGGGUAAGAAAGCUGCCGACCAGGGCAGCAUUGAGAAGGUGGCAGUGUCCAACGCCAGCAGCAUGGAGGUCAGCAAGAAAGCCGGGGACAGUGAUGUUUCGGUGAUGACCAUUUCAUACGGCAGUAGUGACGUGGAGCUUCCCAGCUUUGAGCCUGACAAUGACGGAGAGACGUAAGUAGCUUUCAAUAUGGAGUUUACAUAUGAACAUCAUAGGACACUUUUUUUUUCUUGUUAUGUGUAAAGGAAAUAAGUUUUAUUAUAUUAUAAACAAGUAUUUUUUUAUGCAAGUUCCUUUAACAAGUAUUUUAAUUACCAAAGUAUUAUUUAUAUAAUGUUCACAUUUUUCACUUUAAAAAAAAAAUUUGUUUAGUUUAAUACAAAGUACUGUAAACAGGUCAGUCCAAAGUUGUCAUGAUUGCAAUGUUUUAACACUUAAUUGUCCAAGUUCAAGGGCUCCCAAUAACCUCUAAACAACAAUUUAUUGUUUUGUUUUGUGACUUGAUCCAAUACAUUUGCCUAUAUGUCUUGUCACCUAGCCCUUCUUUUCCAUCUCCUGUUCAAUUUGAGAAGAAAAAUGACAGCUUUAUAAUUUUGUUUUUCAAAUCAUUCUUGCAAAGGUCCUUAGAUGUUUUUCAUGUAAUAAUAUCAUUCCACAAUCAAAGGUGGCUAUAGAAAAUAAGCAUUUUCUCUCUGUGAUAACAGAAAAAGUUACAUUUUUUCAACUCACAGACCAAUCAGAGAUGUGCAGUCUAAAAAAUGUAUUGACUUACUAUAAUAGAUUUUAUAUUUUGUUUUUUUUUGGUUUCUGUUUUUUUUUUACUUCUGAACAUGAAUAAGGUGAAUUGUUCAAUAUGAACAAAUCUUGAUGUAGACUUUUUCUUUCUUCCACCAGUUGUCUGCAUAUACUUUGUGAGAUGCCAGCUGAGCACAGGGAAAGACUGGCCACCUUGCCCAGGUUUAAAGGUGCUCUGAAUUUGUUGAGCAGGAAUGGGGAGGUAAGUCCUGUCUCCUGCAAUCAGAUUUUUUAUUUAUUCAUUUUUGCUCAAAACAGCCCUGUGUUUGAUCUGUUCACUUUAUGUAACUCUGGGCAACGACGAUUGAAUGUAAAACAUGGAUUGCAUGGAUUUUAAUGUGCUGAUUCCAAAUAUGUAGUCAGAAUCUGCCUAGCGCAUCUAGAAUUUUGAGAUAUGCAUGCAUUUGAAAAAUGUUUGUAUAAUAAACUGGAAAAUCACAUCUUUUUCUGUUCUGAUGUGUAUGACCUCUUGUUAAAGUUAAGUUGCGAAUAUGUUCCUGAUCAGUGGACUUGUGUCACAAUCACAAUCUCAUGAUGAAUCAUAACAGAGGCGAAGUGGUCCAAAUAGUGACUAAUAUUUUAUUAUACACAGUCACAAUACCAAAUACAUCUCAUGAAAAUCCCAACAUACUUGGAACUAAUAUCAUUUUAAUCUCAAUACUUCAAUUACUAGCUCCUGGAUAACAUAAUUUUCUUCUAAAACUUAAUAAUGUAUUAACACACUAUAGACUGUUCAAUAUUCCCCAAACAAACUAUAUGAAUCGACUCCCAUUUUAUUUAAAUCAUUCCAUUGUUUCUUACAUUCUCUGAUUGGUCCGUUUUUCUCAAGUCCCAAUGCUCUGUAUAAUAUAUAAGUAAUAACCCCCUUAUUAAUUAUCUGCCAUAUAUUCAUAUCUAUACCUGUGACAACUCUGUUCAUAGAUUUAAGCAAGGCGAGCUUACAAGCUGUGUUGUUGCGCAAUUGUAACAAAAAAAAUGUAUGUUCCAAUAACUCAGGCUGUGGGCCUCAAAGAGACAUGUGAUUCAAUGAAACUCAUCUUGAAGUAAUCAGCUGCCCAGAACACACACAAAAACAACAACACAACGCUCAUCCAGAAAUGAUUGCAAGUCUUAUAUGUCUGAAUCUUUUUUCUUCCAGACCGCUUUGUUUAUUGCAGUGAAAAACUACAAAGUUGAUGUGGUCAAAUUCUUACUGUUUCACGGGGCUGAUGUCAACAUCAGUUGUUUUAGUCAAGAAAAGGUCAGUACCAAUCGAUGUUUCUUAUAUUGAUUGUGUGUGUGUAGGGCCGUAGGGCUCAUUCGACGGGAGGUGGCUGUAAUUUCUGGUGUCUGUGAACUAUUUCCAGCAAAUUUGAGUUGGCUGACCUGCUGAGCUGGUGCUUUACCUACCUACUGAGUCAGGGCUGACCUACAGAGUCAAGGCUGACCUACCAAGUCGGUGCUUUACCUGCUGAGUCAGUUAAAUCUCAAUAAAUAUAAAUCUGGAGAUUAAUGUUAAAUUAAUGAGACAUGAACAAUUGUUUCAAUAUAACAUUAUAUGUUAAGCUUUAAUAAUCAUUUUAUUUUUACAUAAUACACAAAUAAACGUUUCGGCACGCGCCUUCAUCAGUAUAACAUCAAAACAUUUAUAAAAGUAUAAAUUAAAUUUACAUAAUAUAUAUUUACACAAAUCCUACCUAAAAAAAAGAGAGAAAAAAAUUGGGGUGGCGCAAAAACCAGACAGAAAUUUAAUAAAGAAGACUGGAAAGGAAGUUAUUUGAAGUAAAAUGUAAAAAACCAAACAGGAAAAAGACAUGGCAGCUACGUAAAAUUGUGUAUUUGGUUUAUCCCGUAAGGAGUCAAAGUACAAAAUCUUGUUAGUAAUUUAUUCUCCAUAUAGAAUACUAGGACAAAAACAUCUGAUGUGCACACUAGCACACAAACAUCUGAUGUACACACUAGCACACAAACACCUGAUGUACACACUAGGACAAAAACACCUGAUGUACACACUAGGACAAAAACACCUGAUGUGCACACUAGCACAAAAACACCUGAUGUACACACUUGGAAAAAAACACCUGAUGUGCACACUAGCACACAAACAUCUGAUGUGCACACUAGUACACAAACAUCUGAUGUGCACACUAGCACACAAAUACCUGAUGUGCACACUAGUACACAAACAUCUGAUGUGCACACUAGCACACAAAAAUCGGAUGUGCACACUAGCACACAAACAUCUGAUGUGCACACUAAGACAAAAACACCAAGUUGCAAAAUCUUAUGCACUGACAUGAUAAGUGAUAGCACUUUCUUUCUUUAUUAAACAAAUGCUUGAUUUCUUUCAAAAUGUAGAGUUUUCGUAGUGAGCGGGUGCAGCACACAGCGCUGCAUGAAGCUGUUGAGAUUGGCAACCAAGCUGUUGUUGAAGCCCUCCUGGGGGCCAAGGACGUACAUGUGGAUGCCAAGGGCUCAAACGGAGGUCAGUGCCCAGGAAUAAGCUGAGGAAUGUUUAAAUUUGGUGCUCUUUAAUUAAAUUCAGCCUUAACAAAUCCCAGCGUUCCUUUUUAAUUACGAGUUGAUUAAUUAUAAAGAUGAGUGCACCUGUGCCCGGAGCUGAUUGACUUAAUGUGGUUACUCUCUUCAGGCCUGACACCACUGAUGCAAGCCUUACACAUACACAAAAUGAGCAAGCGUAGAGAUAUCAUCAUGAUGCUGAUAAAAAGUGAUGCCUCACUUAUUCAACAGGUGUGUAACAAUGAUUUAACCUACCUUUCAACAAAAAUUAUAUUCCCCCUGCCUAAUAAUAAAUUAUAAUCCUCCUGUUCUGGCAGUAUUGAGGUAUUCAUAUUAUUUUUUUUUUCCAUUUACAGGAUACUAUACAAGGAAAGACCGCCCUCAUGUAUGCCAUCCAAUCACAUGACGUGGCUCUGGUGGAGGACAUCCUGCAAAUGGUCGGGGCCGAGAAAGCCAGGUCUCUCGUCACAGCCAUGGACAGGAAGGGUAACACCUGCCUGCACCUGGCAGCCGGGCUCCAACAACCGAUUAAAACAGACGAGAAGCAGAGGCUGUUAAGGUGUAUCAUUCUUGCUGGAGGUACAGUCUAGUGAUAUUCUAGAAAUGUUUUAGUGACUUAUAUCAUAACGUUGGGUGAAAGUUCACAAUUAUGGUGAAGAUAAAAUUUGAAAAUACCUGGGGGAUUUUUUCAUUUUUUUUUUCCUGGCAUGGAAACUGUUAGAUUUUGAUUUUAUCAGAAUAUUCACACCAUGAGAUCCUAAGCUGUUAUCAGAAUAUUAACACCAUGAGUUCCUAAGCUGUUAUCAGAAUAUUCACACCAUGAGAUCCUAAACUGUUAUCAGAAUAUUCACACCACGAGAUCCUAAACUGUUAUCAGAAUAUUCACACCAUGAGUUCCUAAGCUGUUAUCAGAAUAUUCACACCAUGAGUUCCUAAGCUGUUCUCAGAAUAUUCACACCAUGAGAUCCUAAAACUGUUAUCAGAAUAUUCACACCAUGAGUUCCUAAGCUGUUCUCAGAAUAUUCACACCAUGAGAUCCUAAACUGUUAUCAGAAUAUUCACACCAUGAGAUCCUAAACUGUUAUCAGAAUAUUCACACCAUGAGUUCCUAAGCUGUUAACAGAAUAUUCACACCAUGAGAUCCUAAGCUGAUAUCAGAAUAUUUGCACUUGAGGUUUCUAAAAUUUUAUCUGAACAUUAUUUUAUGCUAGGUGUUCCCAAACUUUUCUAUUUUCUGUGUACAUUUUUAAAAUGUAUGAAUUUUGACAGAAGCUUUUUCACACAAUGUCUGUAUUAGCAUCUGUAGUGCACAUGUUUUUUUUUAACAAGUUAACGAAUGUAUACAACGCUUGUUUAGCAAAAAAGUUUUCAACAGCAUUACUUACUAAUUUAAGUUUAUUAGAGUAAUCUUGAACAUUUUUAUGGCAUGAAAUAACGUUUUGCAUUAACUUUGCUUAUCGUUGGUGUGCAGUGUAACGGAAAUGCUAAUAAGAAUCAUGAAUAAAUUAAAAUGAACAUCUUCUUGUUACAGGCGAUCCAUCUGUUAAAAACAACGAAGGAGAAUCUGCCAGGGACUGGGAUAGG